AUGGAGCCUAACUACAUCCUACAUGUAAUGGCUAGUUUGGGAUUUGGUAGUGGUUGUGGUGGUGGUGGAGGUGGUGGUGGUGGUGAAAGAGAUGGAAGUGAAGGUGGUGGUAAAAGAGGUGAUGGUGGAGGUGUUGGUGUUGGUGUUGGUGGUGAUGAUGAACGUGGAGGUGGAGGUUGUGGUAGUGGUGGUGGUGGGGAUGGCGGUUGUGGAGGUGGAUGUGGUGGAGGUUGA